AUGGCUGUCCCUGGGACCGAGUUUGUCAAAGAGCCAAACAAGCUCAUUCUCUGCUUUGACGGUACUGGAAACACAUUCAGCGGGUCUAAUGCCGACACCAAUGUUGUCAAGAUUUUGAACAAGCUCGACCGGCACGACCGUCAUCAAUACCAUUAUUACCAAACUGGCGUUGGGACGUACGACAUCAAUGAAACAUCCGUCAACAAAUCAUGGCUCGGUGGGAUCCGAAGCCGCAUUUCUCAGACAAUUGACCAAGGAGCUGGCACGACGUUUGACUCCCAUGUUAUGGCUGGGUAUCGGUUCUUGAUGCGUUACUAUCAGGCAGACGACAAGAUUUACAUGUUCGGUUUCAGCCGUGGUGCUUUCACCGCGAAGUUCCUGGCACGCAUGAUUCAAAAAGUCGGACUACUCUGCAUGGGCAACGAGGAGAUGGUCCCGUUUGCAUACCGCCUCUAUCAGCGGUAUCUAGAAGGCGAAGUGGAAGACUUUGAGAAUCCCGAUUCUAGCAGUGAUGCACCGGCGGUUGAUGGAGAUCGACAGCCUCUGCUCAGUGGGGACAAGUCAACCGAGAACCACGGGCAUACAUACGAAUCGGCGGAGAACGAGAUCGUUGCAUUCAGCAAUACCUUCUGCCGGAAGGAGACCAUAAAAUGCGGCGACAAGUACGUCCAAGCGAAUGUUAAAGUCUACUUCCUCGGCAUCUGGGAUUGCGUAAACUCGGUCGCUGUUUUGGAGCGUGCUCCACCUAUGCCUGCUACCGUGGCCGGAACUGCGCAUUACGUUCGACAUGCAGUGGCCGUCGAUGAGCGACGGGUCAAAUUCAAGCCCGCGCUGCUCUCUCAAGAUAUCCGCGCCCAAGAUGUGUUGGAGGAUAUCGAGGAAGUUUGGUUCCCAGGCUGUCACGGCGAUGUUGGCGGCGGCUGGCCAGCAGCAAAGGAUGACCACAAGUCUACACCCGAGAGCAUGGGGACGUGGCAAAGAUUCAAGAGAUUUUGGACUUCCUUGAAGCCCAAAGGGGCCUCUAAGGAUGUCCGUACAGAUGCCUUCCAAAUGAGCGACGUUGCAUUGUCGUGGAUGAUUCGCGAGCUGGAGUAUGUUGGAAGCUUAGAUGAACAGGCUAGUGUCAAGUGGUCACCGAACAAGAAGGGCUACCAAGACGCGUUCAUGAGCAAGACAAGUCAGGUUCAAGCUUUGGAGGGUGCAAUCCACGACUCGUUGAUUUUCGGCAAUUGCUCUAGCUUUUUCAAGGUUCUGCUUUGGAAGUUUCUCGAAAUCCUUCCUUUCAUCACCCGUUGGGAGCUCAUGGGGAAUGAAUGGAAAAAGGUCCGGUUCCCAUUGAAUCGCGGCUCCUACCGCGAUAUCCCCCGCGAUGCAAAGCUCCAUGAUUCGCUGAAGCAUCGGCUCGAGAAUGACAAGGAAUACAUACCUGGAAACAAUCAUGGUGAUCAAACAGAGCCCUGUUUCAGACGCAAAGAUGGACAAUUAACCGACUUGCACCUCGCUAAGCCCAAGAAAAACCAGGAGCUUGAUAAAAAGCACCAGAUUUGGACUUUCGCUCCAUAG